AACGGAUAUUAAAAUCCGUAAGCCCUUAAAUAGUUUUCGAUUAACACUUAGUUGACGGGAAUGGCAGGAAUGUCAGUGAAUGAAGUAAUGACGGUCCCGUCAUUGGUCGUGUACUUUUGCACGUUCGCCACGCUCGUCCCGCAGGCACGCGGCGUACCGUUCCUGCAGGAAUUCCGUAACGGAUAUAAGACACGUGAAGCCGCAACGACCAUCCCGGAAGCUAAUUCCAACUUGGAGUACAAUUAUUUGAUAUUGGAGGACGAACCCAUGGUGAUGGUGGAGAAGAGGCAGGCGAAGCUAUGGGACCACUGGGGAAAAUGGUCAGAUUGCAGCGUGACCUGCGGCGUCGGCAAAAUGACGCGGUGGCGCCACUGCGUGUCCGAGGGCUGCGCCCAAGGGGAGAAGGAGGCCCAAAUUAAAACGUGUUCGGAGCGUCCGUGUUAAAAUUUUAUACACAUAUACAUAUUUUAUAGUUCAAACAAUGAAGGAAUAAAGUGAAUUUUUAAAUUG